UCAGAGUCGAUGGAGGGAGAUUUCACAAUAGCAACCGAACGUUCUCCAGAAGAGCCGCCGCAGUCUCGCUCGGUGUGUGUUUCUCGACGGUCAUAGUCGGUGCGGGUGGAUGUAUUACGUGAAGGAGCGAAGCGACCAGUGCCGCUCUAUAGUGCGUGAAAAGCAAAAGCGUGCGUCUUUCCUAAAUAAUUGUAAAAUAAAAGGGACGAGUGCGGUGACCGAGGAUGUCUCGCGAGUGAAUGUGCAACAAGAGACGCCGUAAGUGCGGGUGUCCUCGAGUUCGAUUGCAGAUCUUUAGACCGGUCAACGACAAUGCGGGCGCGAUACGUCGUGGCAGUACUUACGAGCUUAUUAGUAGUCACCGACGAAGCGCCGCAAGAUUCCAGACACAAAAACUACGAUGAACGUUCCAGGGAAGCCUAUUUCAAUGGGUCGGCGUUCCUUAAAUUGAGCUCGUUCGUGUCCGUGCAUGGGCAUAGCGGUUUGAGUUUUCGAACAUGCGAAGGAGGUCGACUUUUCAUGCAGAAAUACAACGAGGAUUCGAUUAGUCUGGAAGUGACCCCGGAUGGACUUCUGUUUGCGGCUAUCAUCGAUCAACAACGAUACAAAGCGAGGCUAAACGCCAGAUUACUGAAUAAUGUUUGGCACAACGUCAAUAUCCUCUUUAGACUCGGAAAUCUCACUUUAAACGCAGCAGGACACACGCAGGUAAUUGCUAAUGCAACGUACAAUGCUGCGAUCCUUACGCUGCCCGAUUACGAUAUGAAUGGCUCCCUUAUCGUGGGAGAAGCGUUCAGAGGAUGUAUCCUCCAAGGUCCUGGUAUUCUUUUUAACGAUUCCAUCAAUAACGGAGCUAUCUUUGGCCCCUGUCCUGCGGAGAACAAAGGAUGUGGUACGAGCGGACUUAACGGUGGUGUAGGAUCAAGUGCAAUCACCACCAUGGAUUUCUGCCAUCACGAGCCAUGCAUGAUGCAUGGUAAAUGCGUGUCACGGCAGGAUCGUUACGAGUGUCACUGUUACGCCCGAUAUUCCGGCAACAACUGUCAAAUUGACAACGGUCCGCCAUGCAUGAGCAGUCCUUGCCGCAACGGUGGCACAUGCAACGAAGACUCGAAAGGGGACUUUAGCUGUACCUGCAAGCCAGGCUUUACCGGAAUUUACUGCGAAUCGCAGCUCGGUGUACGACUUUGCGAACAAAGUCCAUGCAGAAACGAAGGUGUUUGCAUAGCGCUCACCGAAAGCGAAUAUAAGUGCGAGUGUCUGCCUGGUUGGACGGGGAAAAAUUGCGAAACCAAUUUUAACGAAUGCUCACCGAAUCCUUGCAGACACGGUGGAGUUUGCAUCGAUGGUAUCAACAAUUAUACCUGCAUAUGCGAUAGAACGGGAUACGAAGGUGGUAAUUGCGAAAUUGACAUCGACGAAUGCUUGGCGAAUCCCUGCUUGAAUAACGGCGUGUGCUAUGAUAAUUACGGUGGCUACAUCUGUCACUGUCCGAACGGUUUCGAGGGACAAAAUUGUGAAUUGAACUUAAACGAGUGCUUGUCGAAUCCUUGCAUGCACGAUGCCGAUUGCGUGGACGACGUUGGUUCCUAUCAUUGUAAUUGUCCAUCCGGAUACGCCGGUCGACACUGCGAGCUUAAGAGUUUGUGCGAGAACGCGGCAUGCCCGCCGAAUAGCAUCUGUGUAGAAGACGCACAUGGGCCACAAUGCGUCUGUAAUCCUGGAUUCAUGGGCAAUCCUCCGAACUGCACCAUCAAUUAUUGUGCCAGUAAUCCAUGUAGUAAUGGCGGAGCAUGCUCAAGUAACAAAGACGGAUUCAACUGUACUUGUCCGCCGGAAUGGAAAGGAACGACAUGUCUAUCACCCGCCUCUGAUUGGUGUUCCGCUUGCUACAACGGAGGCAGUUGCCUCGAGACGCGUUUUGGUGUUAUGUGUCAGUGCCCAAGAUUUUGGACAGGACCUCAAUGCAAGGAUCCGAUCACUUGUCGCGAUCUACCUUGCAAACAAGCUUCCGCUUGUCACGAUUAUCCCGGCGGUUAUUAUUGCACCUGCGAGCCAGGAUGGACAGGCCCCGAGUGUUCCAUCGACGUCGACGAGUGCUCCAGUGAUCCCUGUCGUAACGGCGGCAUCUGCAUCGAUCAACAGAAUAGCUACUACUGUCAAUGUCUUCCAGGAUACACUGGUAAAAAUUGUCAGAUCAAUGUGGACGAGUGCUUAUCACAACCUUGUCAAAACGGCGGUACUUGUAUCGAUCGAAUCAAUGGAUACAUAUGCAACUGUACGAAAGACUUCAUGGAUGAAAAUUGCGAACGCGAGUACAAUGCGUGCGCGUCAAAUCCUUGCCAGAAUAAUGGGAAUUGCACGCUGAUACCAAGGUCUCGACGAGAAUUCGUUUGCGAGUGCCCUCGCGGCUUUGAAGGCAAGAUUUGUGACGUGAAUGUGGACGACUGCGUCGAUGUGCUAUGCCCUGAUGGGAAAGUUUGCGUUGAUGGUAUCGCUGGUUACGAGUGUAAAUGUCGCGAGGGUUACAGAGAUCCCAAUUGUACCCUUAUCGUUGACCAUUGCGCGACGAAACCUUGUAACAGCGGCACGUGUAUCGAUCGCGGAGAACAGGGUUUUGAAUGCAAAUGCAGAGAUGGUUUCAAAGGAAAAUUUUGCGAGGAGGAUGUGAACGAAUGCGAGGUAGAAGGUAGCUCAUUAUGUAACAACGGUAUUUGCGUGAAUACAAAUGGCAGCUAUAAUUGCUUCUGCAGACCGGGAUUUUCCGGAGAUCACUGCGACAUCGACAUUGACGAAUGCUUAUGCGGUCCGUGUAAAAAUAACGCUACGUGUAUCGAUGGUAUUAACACGUUCGAGUGUCAGUGUCCAGCUGGUUAUUCCGGGAAAACAUGCGACGUGGAUGUGAACGAAUGCGAAAGCAAUCCUUGUUUAAACGGGGCAACCUGCGUCGAUGAGAUCGCUAGUUACAUGUGUAUUUGUUCACCUGGUUUCCGUGGAUUAAACUGUGAGAUAAAUAUCGACGAUUGUGAACCAUUGCCCUGUUUAAAUCAUGGCCAAUGUAUAGACGGUAUAAACAAUUACACCUGUGACUGUGCCGACACCGGUUUUGAGGGUGUACAUUGUGAGAAAAAUAUCGACGACUGCCGGUCAGGACCCUGUGUGAACGGUGCUCAUUGCAUAGACGAUGUCAAGAAUUACAAAUGCCAGUGUUACGCCGGCUAUACUGGCAAAAAUUGCGAAGUCGAUAUAAACGAAUGCGAGAGUUCACCUUGUCAGUAUAAUGGUACUUGCUUGGAGAGAUCUAACAUGGAAUUGUACAAAAGUGACGCGUUGACGUUACCUUCGAUAUUCAACCAAGAGUUCAGCUAUGCGAAUGCGAGUGGAUACGAAUGUCUUUGCGUACAAGGUGUUACGGGGAAAAACUGCGAAGUAAAUAUUAACGAGUGCGAUAGUAAUCCAUGCCAAGCUGGAACCUGCGUAGACCGCAUUGGUGGUUACACUUGCGAAUGUGACGAGGGAUACGAAGGCGAUCAUUGUCAACACGAUAUCGACGAGUGUAAAAGAUAUUCACCCUGCGAGCACGGCGUGUGUACCGAUGGAAGAGCUGAUUACACCUGCACUUGUGAGCCAGAAUACGGUGGUAAAAAUUGUUCGGUAGAGCUGAUCGGUUGUCAAGGAAAUGCUUGUCAAAACGGUGGAACUUGUUGGCCAUACCUCGUGGAUGAAACGAUACAUAAAUUCAACUGUACCUGCCCGAAUGGAUAUCACGGAGAAAUUUGCGACUACGUAACGACAAUGUCUUUGAACGGCAGCUCAUACGUUUUAGUGAAUACCACUCGAGACGAAGGAUACGACAUACAAUUUCGCUUUCGAACGACUCUACCAAAUGGAUUACUGGCCAUCGGAAAGGGCUCGACAUUUUAUAUCCUUGAGCUCGUUAAUGGCAAGCUAAAUUUGCACUCGAGCCUUCUGAACAAAUGGGAGGGCGUAUUUAUCGGCAGUGAAUUGAACGACUCCACUUGGCAAAAAGUGUUUGUAGCGAUCAACGCUACGCAUCUAGUACUCUCGGCUAACGAGGAACAAACGAUCUAUCCCAUUAGUCUAAACGAAGGUUCCAAUUCAAAUCAUACAUCUUUCCCGAUGACUUAUGUCGGCGGUACGACCAAUUAUCUGCGGCGGUUAACCCAUGGCCCAUCUUUCUUUGUGGGUUGCACCGAGGAUGUAGUCAUUAACGGAGAGUGGGUGUACUCUGGUACCUCAUCAAAAACCGUAUACAUGGAGGACGUUGAGCCAGGAUGUCCUCGCGAAGCCCAAUGUUCGCCAAAUCGUUGUAAAAACGGUGGCCACUGCACGGACAGGUGGCGUGACUUUUCCUGUAAAUGUGAGAGACCAUAUCUUGGUCAUACCUGUCAAUACAACAUGACAGCAGCGACGUUCGGAUAUGAGAAUAUCACAAACGGAUACGUAACCGUAAAAGUGUCCGAUAUGGCUAGACGAGCAGUUAGAUCGAUCGUCGAUAUUUCCAUGUUCAUUCGCACGAGACAAGAUAGGGGUGAUAUAUUUUAUCUAGGAACAGAACCGAAUCCACAAACGGAUCUUAAACCUCAGGAGAAAACUUAUAUAGCAGCUCAACUAGAAGGAGGCGAAUUACUCGUUAGGAUUCAAUUUAACGGUUCAGAGGCAUACACCGUUGGCGGUGUAAAAUUAAACGAUGGAAACAAUCAUCUAAUACAAGUAAUUAGAAACGUAACAUUGGUGCAAGUGAAGAUUAACGGUACCGAAUAUUUCCGGAAAACUAUCAGCGCGUCCGGUCAAUUGAACGUAACUGUACUAUACUUGGGUGGCAUGCCACAAGCAUCCAGAUACAUACGGCAAGUUGACAAUCGCCAGAUAGAAGUACCGCAAGUACCGCAAGUUAACUUCAAAGGAAUCAUUCAAGACGUUCAAAUAUCGAAUGGCAUUGAGACUAUGGUCGUCGAAUUCUUCCCUCUAAAGGCAAACGAUAUUCCCACCCCAAUACAAUUUGGUAACGUGACUUUCGAUAAUGACAAAAUUCUUAAGGGUGUGAUAUCCGACAAUGUAUGCGUGAGUAGUCCAUGCGAUCACAAUGGAACUUGCCACGUUACGUGGAACGACUUUUGGUGUCAAUGUCCACGAGGAUAUACCGGCAAAACUUGCCAGGAAAUGGAAUUCUGUCAACUGCAGGACUGUCCUUCUGGAUCGAAAUGUCAAAAUCUAGACGAUGGUUACGAGUGCAUCGCUAAUGCUACUUUUAACGGUGUCACGACUUCUUUCACCUACGUUUAUAAUCAGGUUGAAGAGAAAAAUGUGACCGACUCGACGAUCGAUACCAUUCAGAUUACGUAUCGAUCGAAUACCGGUGGCACGUUAAUGCAUAUUGCGCCUCGUAUAGGCGAUCAGCAUUUUACAGUUUCCGUUUACAAGGACAAGGUUACGGUAUCUUGGCGCUUGAACUUGCAGAAUCAAGGAAUACUAACGUUUGGUAAAGCCGAACCUGAUGGUAAUUGGACGUCUAUCGUAUUGAGGUUGAGCAAUAAUUCUAUGGAAUGCGGAUAUGCAAAUUCCAACGACGAAUAUGCAUCGCACGUUAGCCCGAACUUUAGUUUUCUUUUGUGGUAUGAUUUAUUAAUUACCGGAACGGUCACUCUUGGUGGACUCGGCUCUGUUUUAUCGAAUAAACAUAGUUACAUAACGAUCGGCCCUGGGAAACAGAUCCUAGAAAAUAAAAGCGGUAUUAAUGAAAAUUCGAUAGAUUUUACUGAACGUACAUUGACCACCGCUUCUCCGCCUUACAAUGUAAUGUCAGGAGAAGUUUUUAAAGGAUGCUUGGGUGAAGUAAGAAUUGGUAGUAUGCUUUUGCAUUACUUCACGUACGAAGAAGUAUACCAAAACGCCAAUUUUACACCCUUAGAGUACUUAGCAUUACAAGAAAAUAAUUCAACGUAUCACGAUAGUAUUGGCUGUCAACUUUGCUUCGAUUCCGAUUGCAAAAAUGACGGCUACUGUUUUGAUAAAGCAAACAGUUACAUUUGCGAAUGCCCGGCUGGAUACGCAAAAGACGAUUGUUCCCUUAACAUCGACGAAUGUAUCGAUAAUAAAUGCAAGAAUGGAGCAACAUGCAUCGAUGGAAUCGCUAAUUAUACGUGUGUGUGUAAUAGCGGCUGGCAGGGAUGGUUAUGCGACAGUGACAUAAACGAGUGCGUAACCCUUAGCCCUUGUCAGCACGACGGUGUAUGUAUAAAUCUUCCUGGGUAUUUCCGUUGCGAAUGUCCAGAUCAAUUUACUGGCGAGAGAUGUGAAAACUUUCGUCUAAUUACUUGUGAAAAUCAACCUUGCAAAAACGGUGGUAGUUGCGCAGAUAUCGUAAAUCCACAAACUAGCGACAACUUCACUUGUACUUGUACGACUGGUUACGAAGGUUCAAUCUGUGAUACUCCUUAUUGCAUUGCACGAAAGUGCCAAAACGGCGGUAGAUGCGAUUACUUGCAUCAGACACCUCGAUGUACUUGUCUACCCGGCUAUUCUGGACUGUAUUGCGAGAUUAAUAUAGAUGACUGCGCGCCAGAUGCAGAAGGAAAUAUACCAUGCAAAAACGAUGGAAAAUGCUACGACGGUGUAGAUAGUUUCGUAUGUGAUUGUAACGACACCGGUUAUAUAGGACAGGAUUGUUCGUUUGAUAUAGACGAAUGUGUACUGUCAACGACCGAUUGUGGUCAGGGACGGUGCGAAAAUUUACCAGGAACUUACCAGUGCAUUUGCGAUCCAGGUUAUUGCGGAUACAAUUGCGGAAUGAUGGAUCCUUGUAGAGCGGAUUAUUGUCAAAAUGGAGGUACGUGCAAAUGUGGAGAUGACGGCGGUUACAAGUGUCAAUGCACACCGGACUAUACCGGACAAAACUGUACAGAGACGGAAAACUUUUUGGGUAGUCAAGCGCUCGAUAUAGCGGUAAUCGUUGGUCCUAUCGUCGGAUGCCUGUUCGUUAUUGCAGCAGGUUCUUUAGUUGCAUUAUUCAUGAUGGCUAGAAAGAAACGUGCUACUCGAGGAACAUACAGUCCAAGCGCUCAAGAAUUCAGUAAUCCGCGUGUAGAAAUGGACAAUGUGAUGAAGCCACCACCGGAAGAGAGAUUAAUCUAAGAAUUUAUUUCGUGACGGUGGAACAUAGUAUGAAUGUUUCGCGUCUCGAAAAAUCCUAGUCUGCCGGGAAUAUGCAUCGUUAUCGCAGUAUUUGUUGUUUAAAGAGAGAAAGGAGUGUUGUUCUCACGGCGAAACUGCUUCCAAACGAUCAAUGAAAAUAUACGGGGUUUCAUCGCGCGUUUUCUAGUCCAUGCUACCAUAUCACGCAGCUGUCACAUUGACAUAAGGAGUUGAAUGAGCAAUUUGGGACAUGAUAACCGAUUUGAAGACAUCCGAAAGCGACGCUGAAGAUGAAACGUAUUAAAACUGCCUGUAAAAUUAAAAGUUGAUUAUAAGGUAGAAGUCAAAAUGGGAUAUACAAGAAAAUUAUUGAGAAAAGAAUUUAAAAAAAGAAAAAGAUUUAUCGCGAGCAGUGAGAUGAGAAAUGUACCAUAGAAUUUAUAUAUUAAUCGUGCUGUUGGUUUGAACAAAUCAUAUAGUUAUACAAAGUGUACUUAAAACUUCAUUAAGUGUCCUUAACUUAAGCAAUACUCGGAAGAAGCUCCUAAGAAACGAAACCCGUCCAUUUUAGUGCCUAAUUGAUCCUACUUAAAGCUUUUAUUUAUAAGCGGUAAAUUUAAAGCAUCGAAAAUGUACAUUGCAAAAUUGUGUUGAACACAGACGUUACAUCGAGAUCUCUAAAGCAUAAUGAUAUUCAUUACUACUGUUUUACUCGUUAAACUUUGGGCAAUCAUGAUACAAAUACUGUUAAAUAUCAAUACAGCGUAGUGUUUUUAUUAUUUGAAUCGUCGUGAAGAUGCCGGAACUUUGUAAAAAUAUUGUAAAGCAACGCUGUUCACAGAUAGAAUCCUUUACGCGAUCUUGUUUCCUUUCACGUGUUGUCAUAGAAAAAAGGGAGUUCAUUAAGAGAUCAGGAAAUCUAUAUAUGGCUCCUCUUUUUCUACCUCGUUGUUAAAACAAAAAGAUGAUACGUGGGAGUAGAAGCUAUCCAGUUUACUCGCGAGAAAAACUUGGACUUCAUUGUUGUAAAGGGUAGUUAUCACGCUACGCGUUAAUCACUGUACGUGCAUUUACUCGCUCGUCAGUAUCGACACGUUGUGCUGGUUCAAUUUGUACAUAGAUUAGAUACGUUGAAAAUAUCAAUAAUGAUUCUACCAUUAGCAUUUUAUAUUAUGAAUAUAGUAUUUAAUAAUGAAUUAUUUUGUAUGUAAUUACUUAAUACCACGACCAAAGUAAUAGCGAAGAAUUUUCUUGUCUAUUAAAAUAUAAACGAUA